AUGUUUGAAAAGCGGAUCAGUAAGAUGAGUACGAUUGACAAUAGCAUUCCGUUCCUCCUCGGUGAUCAACCGUGCACUGAUCUCGCGUCGGAGGGCGUCAAGAAGGGGCUUGGUGUAAACGUAAUAGAUUCCCAGGGAAAGACAGGCUUGGUACAGGAGUACGUCCUGGAGAAAGUUUGUGCCGGUGAGUCUUACUUCUUUGGCUUCGAGACCGGGUUUCGUGGUAAAGAUGUCCAGGAGACGUUCUAUACUCUCGACGUCCACGUUUCCAAAUACGCGAUAUUGCGUGACGGACUCUUUGGUCUGCAUUAA